ACAGGAUGGGGAGGCCCAGGAAAAUCCAGGUCAUCCGCAGCGAUGAUUUCUCUAUCCCUUCUGACUUGACCCUUUCCGAGCUCCGUGCUCUUAGUAUCAGCUCCGCUAAUGAUAUUCCUAACUUCCUCUCCUGCGUUCCGACCGUCACACAAGGAUCUCCCUGGACCGAUUCCUCUGCUCUACCUUCUGGAGCAGACUUGCGCUAUGCCCUGCCUGGCCUUGAUUUUGUCCUCUGCAACUUUGCCGGAGACCAAGCAGAACUUAGCGACUUAUUCUCAGCGAUGUGAAGUUCUACUCUCUAAAGGUCACUCUGGUUUCUCCUGCUACUUCUUCCUCUCAAGAUAUCUGAGCAGAACCCUAAUAUCCAGCAGGACACUUAUUCCCGAGCUGAACCAAGAUAUCCUAGUCCAGGAACUGAUCAUGAAGCAUGAGUUACUUUCAAAAAGCAAAUCAGUUCAAAAGGAAGAAACUAAAUUAAAGGUAAAAUAGAUUAAAUGUAUUGAG